AUGCCACCCACAUUGGCAGUUAGGUUCCUCAUUAGCGGAGCACCCAUUGAUGGUAUUGAUAAGUGUGAAGGAGACCCUACAGCCUGCUGCGGUUAUCCACUCAACAAAUGUAAGACGUUCGGGAGCUGCUCGGCUUGCGUGAGUGACCUGCUGCCGCUCAACGUGUUCUUCCUUCCAGGCUGCCUCUUCGAGACUACAGUGGGCAACGUGAUCUCCGCUCUGGCCCCUCAAUCCAGUGGGUAGCCCGCCAGUCAAAAUAAUGGAGAGCAAACACAUGUAUAUCAAAACAUAAACAAUUUUAUCCGACUGUUAUGUAAUGG